GGUGGCAUCUUGAAUGUGUCCUGAUUCUCAACCGACGAGGACUCCCCGAUGGAGAGGGAGAAUUCUCCCCUCCCUCCUCUCCCCAUCAUCGUCAUCCCUCGUAAUCGAUGGUGCGCAGCGAGGAAGGGGAUGGACAAGUUCCGCGGCCGGGGGCGAGGGCCGCCUUGGUCGUCGGCAACUACUGCCACGACGUCCUCUUCCGCGAUGGCCGGCUCGUUGGCGAGACCCUCGGCGGUGCCGCCUCCUUCGUCUCCAACGUCCUCGAUGCCCUCUCUCCCUCGUCGCCCAACUCCCCCUCCCACCGCUACGUCGCCAAAGUCGGCCCUGAUUUCGCGUACGCCGUUGUCGUCGCCCACCCUCCCCUCGUCUCCCCCUCCUCCUCCCCGACCACCCUAUUCCACGCCCACUUCCCCUCCCAAUCCCAGGGCCCAUCGGGAUAUCAUGGCGACCGCGUCCUCCGGCGGGUCCGCGCCUGCGAUCCGAUCCUCCCCUCCGACCUCCCGGGCGACGCUGCCCGCUUUGACUUCGGCCUGGCCGCCGGCGUCGCGGGGGAGAUCCCGCCAGAUACCCUGGAACGGAUGCUCGACCUCUGCCGCAUCCUGCUGGUGGACGUCCAGGGGCUGAUCCGCUCCUUCGACCCGGCCGACGGCACCGUUGGGCUCGUCCCCCUCCGCGACACCGGCUUCGCUCGCCUCCUCCCGCGGAUCGGGUUCCUCAAGGCCUCCGCCCAGGAGGCCCCCUUCAUGGACAUCGAGGAGGCCCGCAAGUCGUGCUGCGUCAUCGUCACCGAGGGGAAGGACGGGUGCCGGGUCUACUGGAAGGAGCGGGAGCUGCACGUGCCCCCGUUCCCGGCCGACCAGAUCGAUCCGACGGGCGCCGGGGACAGCUUCUUGGGGGGCUUCGUCGCCGGGCUCGUCUGGGGGUUGACGGUGCCGGACGCCGCGCUCCUGGGAAACUUCUUCGGCUCCCUGACUGUGGGCCAGAUUGGCGUGCCAAAGUUUGAUCGGAGGAUGUUGCAGUAUGUUAAGCAAGAAUUAGAGAGGAGAACAAUGCAAUGUGAUGGCUUAUGUGGGAGACAUCUGACAGUGGAUCUGAAGUCAGGCUUGCAUGAGAAGUUCCAUGCAUCCCUUGUUGAAGCUGCAAGGUUCAUAUGCACUGACUGCUCAGCUGAGUUUAGUGAUGGUCAAGAUGACAAGUGCCAAUAGAGACUUCCAACUAAGUUUUGCUGACAGUGGUUCUCACUUCUCAGCUUUAAAACUAGGAUAAGAAGAGCUGGAUUGUUUCUGAAUAGUCUCAAAAGUAGGAUUGCUAUCUUAUGUUGGUCAGCUUAUUUUAUUACAGGAGGAAUGUUUUGAAACCACAAUAUGCAUCUCAUAAAGUUCAAAGAGUUCAAACUCAUGACCACACUAGUGAAGGUCAUGCUCAAUAAUUCUUGUUACAUUUCUUGAUCAUGCAUUUCUAGACAAUUUCACACUCUUCUUAUUA